AAGUCAGUAUUAGAGACUCCCGGUCUACACGUCAAAUGAAAAUUCACUUGCCAUCAUGAACUGCAAUUCUUGCAAUUUAGCAUCCCUAACCCUUAUGUAAAAAUCUAUAAAUACCAUCUCUAAUUCUCACUUCCAUGCAUCUCACUCACCACCUUUCGCUUGCUGUUUUUAGGCCAAUCUCUCUCAAAAUGGUAACCCAGCAAAGAAUGAUGAGCCAUCUGUUUGCGAUCACCCUGGCAAUUAUUCUUGCAGGAGCACUGCCUAAAAAUGUGAUGGGCCAGUCUGUGGCAGACCUUGUCACACAAGAUUUCUUUAAUGGGAUAAUUAAUCAAGCUCCUGCUGGGUGUCCUGGAAAGAACUUCUACUCCAGGGAUACUUUUCUUCAAGCUCUCAAUUCAUAUUCUGAUUUUGGAAAAUUAGGUUCUCCUGAUGAUUCUAAACGCGAAGUUGCUGCCUUUUUUGCUCAUACUACUCAUGAAACUGGAUUUUUCUGCAACAAAGAGGAGAAAGACGUUCCUGCUACUAAAAACUACUGCAACACAAACUACCAACGGUAUCCAUGCACCCCAGGGAAGAGGUACUUUGGGCGAGGUCCAAUUCAACUAUCAUGGAACUACAACUAUGGAGCAGCUGGUCAAGACAACCGCUUUGAUGGCUUGAACAAUCCUGAAAUCGUAGCCACAGAUCCUGUCGUAUCAUUCAGGACUGCCCUGUGGUAUUGGAUGAAGAAUGUUCGCCCUUCUGUUUCCCAAGGAUUUGGAGCUACUAUCAGAGCCAUUAAUCCUGUUGAAUGCGAUGGAAAAGAACCUGUCAAAGUUAAAGCUAGAAUUGAUCUCUACACCAAAUAUUGUGGCCAAUUUGGUGUUGCUCCUGGGGGUAAUCUCAAAUGCUGAGAUACUUCUGCAGUUGAAGAUGUUAGAAUAAUAAUGCACGCGAUCGUACGAGCUUCUACGAGUAGAUUUCCAGUUUGAAUCUACUAAUUUAUUACGUUAUAUGAAGUAGAAUUAUAAAAGAGAAUGAAUUAUCUCUGGUUAUGUAGCUUGAGACUCUUGUAUGUGGGCAAAUAAUAAACAGAAUAACAAAUACAUAUUUUUCUUUAA